AUCCAAUAAAAGAUUGCGGGAACGCAACCGAGUCCUAAAAGUGCACACUUCCUCCUGAAAGAAGAAGAAAUACGCAUCACUGGACCCGGGCGUAUACGGUCACUUUAACUUGGCCGUGCUCCAAGAGUAUUCCUUUUUGCGCCCUUUCUUGCACAUGGACGGCAUAAACAAGUACAACGAAUUUGUGGCGCUGCACAAGCCGCAGCUGGAGUCCUCGGCUGUUCCGUUGAUCUUUUGGCCGGCGCUGUACCGAAAACUGACUACGGAAACGUUCGACGCCGGCGAAGCACUCCAGUUGAUGCUGAUUGACUACGAUGAGGAUGAGGAGCAGAAUCCUGCCGAGAACGACGACAGUCCCAACCCCGUGUUCGCACUGGGCGUGGCCCGAGAGCAGGGAAUAAAGACCAGUGAUCCUCAGGCCAUCUUUUUGGUCGAUCACGCUUGGACAUUCAGGUUGAACGGAGCCCGGCAGCAAUUGGAGCAGUAUCAACUGGCGGACCGUCUUUCGGCCAUCACUGGCGUUGAUCUCGAGCUGGAGAAUCGGGUCGAUAAGAUACUGCGCCGGCUAUGGAAGUACUGCCACGCCUACUCCAUCGGCAGUGAAGGCUUGUCGGACGAGGAGCGCCAGCCCAUCUGGUACGUGAUGGACGAAGUCGGUUCAGCGGUGAACCACUCGGACGAUCCCAAUUUUCGUCUUGUCCCUCUGCUCUACCUAAACACCCAAACUACGUACAGUGUUCUCUUUCCGAUUCGGGACUGCAAUGUCGGAGAUUCAGUGACCCGCGAUGUGGUGGAGUACGUGGCCAAAGAGGCGCCCCAGCGGGAUGCCCUGCUUUUACCCUGGCGCGAUUCCGACCUCACGGGCGAAAGCUUCUUGCAAGUUGAACCCCGGGUAGACUACUUCACCAGCGGUCACAUCCCUGAAACCUAUCCCAAAAGCAACAUCGAUCCACUGCCAGCCAGGUCACGUUGCGACCCCUUAAAGGUGUAUGCAGAGUACGAGGUGGUGCGCCGUCAUUUAACUUCGCCUGAGUUCAUCCAAGUUAACAACGCAGACGAGGCGGAUGUCCUUUGGCUCACACAUCACUUCAAGGAUUUUGAGAAUUUUGCCGAUAGGUCGCCCGGCAAGUUCAUCAAUCAGUUUCCCUUCGAGUACGUAAUCACCAUCAAAGACCUCCUAAGCAUUGUGGGCCGCCGGGCGGCCAAAGAACACCACAAUAGCCUUACGCUUGAAACGUUUCCGACAUGGCUUCCCACCACCUAUAAUCUGUCCACCGAGCUAAAGGAGUUCGUUGCUUACUACCAAACGAGAGAAGCCAAGGGCCUAGACAACCACUGGAUUAUCAAGCCGUGGAAUUUGGCUCGCGGGCUGGACACACACAUCACGGACAACAUCAAGCAGAUCGUACGUUUACCGGCCACUGGUCCAAAGAUAGCACAAAAGUACAUCGAGCGACCAGUUCUGUUAAGACGAGAGGAACUGGAAGGACGCGUUAAGUUUGAUAUUCGCUAUGUAAUUCUCUUGAAGAGCGUCAAACCGCUGAAGGCAUAUAUACACCGGAAGUUCUUCCUGCGUUUUGCAAAUCACCCCUUCUCGCUGGAUCACUUCGAUGACUACGAGAAACACUACACGGUGAUGAACUACCAGACGGAGGCGCAGCUGCAUCACGUCAAGUGCGACGACUUCCUGGCCCUCUGGCAGGAUCAGUAUCCGGAAAAUAGUUGGUCAGCUCUGGAGCAGCAAAUCUGUAACAUGCUUCUCGAGGUGCUUCAGUGUGCCAGUCAAGCAGAUCCACCCUGCGGCCUGGCUCCUUGUGCACAAUCACGAGCUCUUUACGCAGCUGACAUUAUGCUCCGGUGGAAGGACGAUGAGGAAAAGGUGAUGGAGCCCCAGUUGCUGGAAAUCAACUGGACUCCCGACUGCAAACGCGCCUGCGACUAUUACCCUGAUUUCUUCAACGACAUCUUUCGUCUGCUCUUUCUAGACGAAGAAAAUGACGAGAGCUUCCGGGUACUGACAGCAGACAAUUGACAUAAGCCCAGCCAAUAAACCAGAUAUCCUAAUGUUAAA